AUGGCGAGCACCACGAUGGAACGGCGAGGCUUGGAGAAAGUGGGCAGCAUGCGGUUGCUCAUGAUCCAAAAGCACGGUGCACACCGAUCAAGUGAUCAUCAUUGUGGUGACACCAAGACGAUGGGAUCAUCGGUGACCUCCUUAGGCACUGUGGUAAGUGGAGGCAGUCGUCCCAGUCGGAGCAGUGUCAUGUUGCGGAUGCAUGACUCUAUCGUUUCGGCCGUCGACAACUGGGACAUUCUCGGAGACGAUGACGAGGAGGAGGAGGAUGAAGAGGAAUCCUUGUUGCAUGGUGAGGACGAAGAUCACGCCCUCACCGAUAACUUUGACAUACUGGAAUCUCAACUCGAACGAGAAGAAGCCAAGCUGGGAUCCGAAGACGAUCCAUGCGAUUGUGGGAUGCAUCAUCCACCGAGCAAGACACAAGACUUGGCGAGAUUGAGUGGAACCAGCUUUACACAAGGCAGUACGGCGUCUUCCAUUGAGUCGGAUGCGGAAAGCGCUGCCAAACACCUGCCAACUUUGCUGAGGAACAAGAGUGCAGGGCUGACUUCGUUGAGCUCUCUUCCUCCAUGCCAAAAUAGAUCCAACCCGAGUCUUUGUGAUUACGACACGGACGACGAUUCUGUCGCCGGGACAGAAAGACCCUCCUCCAUCCCCAGUCGACCCAGCAAACUCCUCUUGACGGGCAAUUCACAGCACAGUGUCCUCACACGGUGGGCUCCCGAGAGCGCUAAAUUGAGAGGAGCUUCCGGUCUCACGGCCAGUACCGUGGCGGGGGCCCCACUUCCCAUGCAACUGGCCGAGCUGGGCUUGUUUGGUCGAGAUACUGAAGUACAACAAUUGCGUCGGGCACUCGACAAGUGCAUCGUGCCCAAGAACAAGUGCAUCUACAAACCCAAAUCCCAAAAGGAGUGCUCCUCUUCUCACUCAUCUAGAAGUACCCGGCAGGUGGCAUGGAUUGCUGGAGCAAGCGGAUCCGGAAAGACUGCCUUGGCGGAAUACGCACUCCAACUGCAAGUGACCAACCGAGGAGGGCUCUAUGUCAGUGGCAAGUUUGAAAACAACCAUUACGAAAGAACCAGUACUGCCAACAGGAGCAGCAGUGUGCAACCACUGGCUGGGUUCGCCUCGUCGUGUGAUGACUUGUGCGUGCAACUCUUGGCACUGAAAGAAGGACGUCAAGAGGAAUUCCAGAAUCUUCUCGAGGCGCUCCAAGCGCAGAUGGCACGAGAAGAAUUUGACUUGUUACUGGGAUUGCUGCCGGGUCUGGGACCCUUUAUCGCAACUCUCGAAGAGACCAUGGGCGAUGACUCGGCGGCAUCGUCGGAACAGCAAAUGCGAGACAGUGUCGUGACGGUGCUGGAUCGGCCAUUGUACACGGCGGAAGAAUCUGAGAACCAGUCAAAAGACCUUUUCCAGUUUGUCUUUCGCAAGUUUGUACGAGUUGUGGCGUCCGUCUUUCCCUUGGUACUGGUCCUUGAUGACCUGCAAUGGGCCGACUUGGGUUCGCUCGAACUCCUGGAGGUCUUGGCACUGGACUGUAACAGCUUGUCCAAUGUGAUGCUCGUUGGGUGCUAUCGCGACGAUGCAGUUGAUGCAGAGCACCCUCUGACAUCGGUACAAACAGAAAUCGCAGAGAAACCAGUGUGCGAGGUUGUGCAUAUAAAACUCAAGGACCUGGAUUCAACGGAUCUCAACCUCUUGCUGUCGGAAUUGCUCCAGAAGGAACCUUCGGAAACAGAAACGCUGGCAAGCAUCUGCUAUAAGAAAUGCGGCGGGAAUGCCUUUUAUUUGGUUCGCUUCGUUACCAUGCUUUGGCAAGAGAAGCUUGUCAAGUUUGACAUUAUGUCCGAUUCUUGGAAGUGGAACCAUGACGAAAUUGCCGAAAGAAGCAAGGCCACUGAAAAUGUUGUCAACUUUUUGCACAGCCAACUUGCUGGUCUUCCGGAGAGUACGCGGCAAGUAUUGUUGUUUGCGUCAUGUCUUGGGACUGAGUUUGAGAUGACCACAAUGGAGCUGAUCAUGGCAGACUUUUAUCCUGGGACUCCUUACGAGUCCGACCUGAGUCGCUGUGUGUCUGCAGGUAUAUUGGAAACUACUACAUCCGCAGGAGAAUGCAGGGGCUACCGUUGGAUUCAUGACAAGCUGAUGGAAGCUGCACAGACACUGCUCAGUCCAGAGGAACUGUGCAAGCUCAAGUACUGCGUGGGGGCAGUACUGCUGAAGAGCUUUAAUGCGGUAGACCAAGAAGAAGACCUUUUCUUGAUUGCCAAUCUGCUCAACGAGGCUCCGAACAUGUCAGACACUCCUGUGAGUCUAGCGGAGCUGAAUCUACGAGCGGCCAGGAGAGCAGCGUCACUUAGCUCUUUCUGGGCAGCAGCGGACUACUGCAGACAAGGGAUUGAUUUGCUCCCGGAGAGCAAAUGGACCAGUGAUUUUGAACUGACCUUGCAGCUGCAUUCCUUGGCUGGAGAUAUGUACUCCACCCUAGGAGAGUCUGACUCCAUGAAGAGGCAAUGCAACGAGGUCAUAUCGCGUUCCGACGUUAGCAUAUACGACAAAGUUCUGCCCUACCAGUGUGUGAUGGUCAACCUAUUCAACCAAGGCAAGGUUGAAGAAGCGUUGAACAUGUGUCUGGAUGUGCUGCGCGAGCUCGGAGUGACGUUCCCUACAAACAAACUCCAGAUAGGGGUCAAAAUACAGAUGGGGAUGAACAAAGCAGCAUCAGAUGCAGAUUCUGCUUGUGAACAACUACGGAAUCUUCCACUGCUGCAGGACCCCAAGCACAAAGCUACAAUGAGAUUUCUGACAAGACUUGGAACAUUCGGCUACUUGGCCAAGUCUCCUUUGCUCCCUCUCGCCAACCUGAAGUUGGCCAAGUAUUCGCUAAAGCACGGCCUUGGAAACGACACACCCAAGAAUACUGCCUGCAUCGGAAUGAUGGUGGGUAGCUUCCUGGACAAGAUACAAGAAGGGUCAAAGUAUGGCAUGGCGUGCCUGGAGCUCCUGGAACGAAUACCUGCCAAGCGACGAGUUUUGCCUGAGGCCCACUACAUCGUUUAUGCUCAUGUCUUGCAUAACACACAGCCUGUUCAUCAAAUGAUGAAACCGCUACUAAACGCUUACGGUGUUGCCUUGGAGUAUGGUGCUUCUCUUUAUGCAUCAUAUUCGAUUUACCACUAUUUGCUUUUUGCCUUCCGGUCUGGCAAGUCGCUUCGUGCCAUCGAAACAGACUUGCGGGCCUACACAGUACAAAUGGAAGAUAUGCACAUGCAUAAAGCGAUGCUAUUGUCCAAGAUCCUUUGGCAACUUGUAAUGAAUCUGAUGGGCGUUGAUGGCACAAGCCCACUCGUCCUGACCGGUCAGGCGAUGGACGAAGUUGAUUUUCUUGCAUCGUGCGGUUCUGAACCUUACUACAAGACCAUGUUUCAGUGCUACCAGAACGUGUUAUUUGCUGUGCUAGGAAAGCAUGAAUUGGGGGCCGAGCUCGCAAUCUCCAAGGGAGACAUGAUUCGAGUACACCCGGGUACCCCAGCGUUUGUGAUGGACGUUUUCUACCAGGCUGUUUCCUGCUUUUCUGUGGCGAGGACAAGCAAAAAGAAAAAGUACAAGGAGCACGCCAAGAAAAUGAAGCAGAAGAUCGAUGGGUGGGCCAAGCAAGGCAAUCCGAAUGUCCUGCACUUUGCUUCUUUUCUGUCGGCGGAAAGGGCGGCGUUGAAGGGAAAGAACGAAGAAGCGGAAAAGCUCUAUGAAACUUCCAUUGUGACUGCUAGGAAGCAAGGUUUCAUUCAAGACGCCGCACUGGCCAACGAACGCCUUGCCGAGUUUCACGAGGACGUGUUGAAAGACAAGGCAUCUGCAGGGUUCCGCUACCAAGAAGCCAUCAGGUUGUACACUGAAUGGGGGGCGCUUCACAAGGCAAAAAUGAUCAAGAAAACCAAAGCAGAUCUAUUGCAGUUUUGUUCGGCUUCUUCACACCCCGAAGAGGUGCAUCUGAACUUCCGUAUACCGCCGGAGUCUGUGUCCCUUGGUUGCAGGUCGGUCGGUUGCAGCUCCAAGGGAUCCAGCUUGGCCUAA